GAAAAUUUCGCUAACCUAUAUGUCAAGCAUGUCAAGUGUUACAGAUAUUUCUCUUUCUGAGUCAUUGACACCACCGACUUCUACAGCACACUCCGUCGUUAGCUCUCCCAUCUUCGAACUAAUGGAAAACUCCAGCCCCGAAAAUACCUUCGAAUCAAAUUUGACUUCGGAGAACUCCAGCUCCAGUUACAGUUUGCGUCCAUCCCACUUCGAGCAACGUUCCGGUGAUACAUUGGACUUGACAAACGACGGCUGGCAGGAUUCAUUGGAGGAAUCAUUUCGCCAUGAUCUAAUUGAAGCCGAAAUAGCUAGCAUACGUCUCUUCUGCGAGGAAGUCGAUAAUAAUUUGACCCAAAUUGGCCUGGGCCCAGUGGGCAGCAAUUCAACACCCAGAAAUCUAUAUGCUCGUCGUAAUAAUCGAGAAUCUGGCGGCAAUCAGCCUGAAGAUGUAAUUGAUCUGUCUAGCCUAGAUUUGUAUCCACCUCGUCACUUUGAAAGACCUCGCACACCGGAGGCUUUCAUAGAUCUGUGUACGCCGGAGCCUACGCGCCGUCUUCCAGCUUUUAUCAAUUUAACAGAUUCGACUAACGAGCCCACAGCUGCUAAUCGACGUCGUCUAUAUGAAAACAAUCAGUCGACGGCUGCUGCAGAGUCUAUUGAUCUGGGAUUCUCGCUGCCAAAGCGUGAAUGCUUGGACGAACACGAUUCAUCCAGUGAAUCCUACAAAUGUCCAGUCUGCUUGGAAUGCGUUCGCAAGCGCGAGCCAUCCUCGACCAAGUGUGGGCACAUCUUCUGCAAGAGCUGCAUUGAAACAGCCAUAGCGUCCACCCACAAAUGCCCGCUCUGUAAUAAGCGCGUGGCCAAGCGCUCAAUAUUUCGUAUUUAUCUAUAGGUUCCUUUGCUUAUCUUUAUAUUAUAAUCGCUCGCAUUCACGGAUAAUUUAGUUGAUAAGUGAGUGGAAUGCACGCAUUAUAUAAAUGUUCCUCAUUAAACAAAUAGUAUAUAUAAAAAUAUAAGAUCAAUCAAGUUUCAUUUGACAUUAUGUAUUUAACCAUCCAUCGUCAUGUUAGCUGUAAGUGGACUGAAAUGGAAUGAAACACACUAAAAAAUUUUAA